AUGCCGAUUACGGCCCUCCCCCAGAAUAUCGUCCGGGCAAUCGGCUCAACGUCUGUAAUCACGGACCCAUGCUCCAUCGUCAAGGAAUUGUUGGAAAAUGCUCUUGACGCAUCUGCUUCAUCCGUGUUUGUAGAAAUAUCCCAGAACACGCUGGAUGUCAUCCAGGUAAAAGACAAUGGCCAUGGUAUCCCGUCCGAAGAUCAUGCUGUCGUCUGCAGACGCACCUUCACCAGCAAGAUCCAGACGGUAGAGGAUCUCAGAAAAAUUGGAGGGAGUUCGUUGGGAUUCAGGGGGGAGGCUUUGGCUAGUGUGGCGGAGAUGUCUAGAAAUGUUGCUGUUACUACUAGGGUAGCGGCGGAAGUGGUUGGUUCAGCUAUCAAAUAUGGAAGGAAUGGGGAGUUGGUUAGCUCUCAACGUACGUCUCAUCCGGUGGGAACGACUGUCAAGAUCACGGACUUCCUUAAGCACAUCCCUGUGCGGAAACAGAUGGCGUUGAAAAGUGCGGGCAAAACGCUUUCAAAAAUCAAGAAACUCUUGCAGACAUAUGCCGUAUGUCAACCGACAAAGAGACUCUCCUUGAAAGUCAUCAAGGCAAAGAAUGAGAGCAACAACUGGAUGUAUUCUGGGAGCCAAACCGCAAGUGUCAGCGACGCAGCCUUGAAAAUCGUUGGCACGGAUGUCGCCUCGAAUUGUACAAUCAAGGAAUGGCCACUUGAGGAUGAUAGCGCAGAUUACAAGGUAGUAGCCCUUCUUGCAAAAAAAGAUGCAGAUUUUACCAGGGUCAACAACGCAGGCCAGUACUUUGGCGUCGACGGCAGACCCCUGGCCAACGGAAGGGGGGUCACGCGCGAUAUCACGAAGCUAUAUAAAAAUUAUCUUCGUUCAGUCAGCUCGUGUGGUGGGGAGUCAGAAUCAAUUAACGAUCCAUUCCUCUGCUUGCAGAUUGAGUGCACACCUGGGAGCUACGACGUCAACAUCGAACCGGCCAAAGAUGAUGUUUUGUUUGAGGAUACGCAACGAAUUCUCUCUCUGGUAGAAGAUCUUUUUCGAGAAAUGUACGGCAAUAUCACUGGGCCCUUUCAGAAAAAGCAAUCAUCGAACAAAGGAAAAGAAAGGGCGUCUUGUAACGAUGGAUUCGAGCUGCUCAUGGCACGAAAAAGCCCGGUUCCCUCAGCCUUACAAGUUCCGGCGACGAGUAGCGAUUCGGUACCUUCGUUUAUUACAUCAUCGUCAGGCUUUAGGAGACCAUCAUUGCCUAACGAUCCUCGAGAUAUCGAAGUCAACACAUGGCCAGUGGGCAAAAACUCUCAAGAUGGAUGUCGCAGAGGGAGCGGGGAUCGGGAAGCACUGAACCCAUGGUCAAUGACCAAGUUGAAUUCUCCAUUUCGCACCCCGAUGGGAACCCAGGCUGGACCAAGCUCAGUUCCCCUCAUAACGAAUACGACGAGAGAACCAGUGCGGAGACAACGCAGUGAAAAUCAGAUGUCGCCUACGCCUUCGAGAAGCUCGGUUCUACUAAGUCCACCAGCCUCGAAUUCUAAUCCCAAUUCCACGUCGACCUCCCCCAUGGAUGCUCGUCCUCUGUCAGAUGAGCAGUAUACACGAGCAUCGCCUACUGCCUCUAUACAAGGUAGUACGAGGAAAGCAAGAGAGCGUGACAGGGAGCGGUACGGCAAUGGUGCUCUCGAUACCUGGUUCUCAAGGAUCACCCAGCCGGGACUUCGUGAGAAUGAAGACCAUUGGCCCGAGAAUGAAGAAGAGGAAGAAUAUUCGUCGACUCAGUUAGCAAAAACGCGACUUGGGUCAUCGGAACAGUCGCCAUCCAAUACGCUAGAAGCCUUUGAGGACUUAUCCACCCAGAAUGGCAUUGGCAAUAUGAAAGCUACUCGUGCAUCUUCUCAGCCAUUGACACAAGACCAAGGUUCUUCAAGAGACCCAAGCCGGGUUGCAGAAGUUGCAAACAAGCGCCAGGAAUUACCGGUCAUGGAGAAAUGGUCUGCCAGACUGCACCAGCUGUCUGAACCUCAACCCAAUCCGGAAGUAGAACAAGCACUUGAUUUCGAACGUCGGAAGAAAGAAGCUAUUAUACAACGGCGAGAGGAAAUCAGGAACCGUCUUGAGACUCCCCCUUCUACAAAUUCUCCGCAUCACAGUCGAUAUCUCGCAGCUCGAGCCACGCUAAACUCACGCUCGAAUGAACAACAAAGUCAGCUACCUUUUACUCCCGAGUCGUCUACUUCGAAGUCUAUGUUGAGUCCUUUCGACCCGAGGGCAUACUUGAUCCGCCAAAACGUCUUUCCACAGGAGCAACCCCAGAACGCAAAAGCUCGACGAAUCCAAACCAGCAAAUUACCGCUUGAGAAAAUCCCUGAUGGUCAUGAUCUGCAUGAUGUUUGCUUGAUAAUGCCAUUUGACGUCUCGGGAUUGACGAACUCCAUUGAAGGGCAUUUAACGCAUGAUCUAUAUACCCAAUGUGGAGGUGAUUUUGCCGCAUUUACAGAGUCUAGGUCGGAAGAUUCGUAUACGUUCGAUCUCUGGAAAUAUCGGCUGUCAGAUUUGAUCAACGAGAACUAUGAAACUAGGGACUCUGGAGUUCCUCGUCUCGAUUUAAACCUUUCCAAUAUCUGUCAUCUACCGGAGUCCGAUUAG